CUUCUGCGCAAUGCACUUGAAAUGGCUCCAAGACACGAUUUGUGAAAGUGAGAGAUGAUCGUCUGCACCGUGAUGUUUUUUACCAGUUCGUAAUUGAUAUAUGUAAUAAUAGGAAUGUUACAUGUAUGCGUAUACCGCAUGCCGGUGCUGUAUUCGCUUGUCCGGUAGCCCCAGAUAGCACGUGGCAUGUAAUACACAUGUACAUGCUUAUAAAACGCGUGAUGGAUAUGCGAAUCGUUUUUACAUGCUUUACUUCGCGGUUUCUGUUGAUGAAUUCAUCCUCGUGAGAUUACGACAUGUUGAACGUUACAUUUAUAACACGUGUAAUGAGAAUAUGUUUGCGUUUACACACGACAUUUAAGAGAAAUGAUAAAUCACGCGAGAUAACCUUCUCAUACUGUGCACAUCAUAUUCGAAAGAGACAAUCACACUCAUCUCCUACCAAUGGUCCCUGGAGUGUAUUGUUUUUCGGCACAAAUGAAUUUUCUCUGGAGAGCUUACAAAGCUUAUAUAACGAGUACAAAGCAAAGAGACUUUGCAGGUUGGAAGUUGUAUCUGUAUGCAAAAAGGAAAAGAACGUUGUUGUGAAGUAUGCGGAAAAGAAAGGAAUUAUUGUUUAUGAAUGGCCUCUUGUAAACGAUCCAAAGGGUUUUCACAUUGGAAUAGUUGUCGCCUUUGGCCAUCUUAUACCAAUAAAUGUUAUAAAUUCAUUUCCACUUGGUAUGUUAAAUAUUCAUGGUAGUAUAUUGCCACGAUGGAGAGGAGCAGCUCCAACAAUUUAUUCCUUAAUUAAAGGAGACACGCAGACAGGAAUUACAGUCAUAAAAGUGGCAGAAAAGUUUGAUACUGGAGACAUAGUAACACAGGAAAAGGUUGAUAUUCAUGCAGAUGAAACUCGACCAGAAUUGGAUAUGAAAUUAGCAAAGCUGGGUGCGAAUGUUUUGAUUGAUGUGAUAGGAAAAUUGCCACAAGUAUUAUCUUCCUCGAAAUCUCAGGAAAAAUCAGGCAUAACAUAUGCACCUAAAAUUACAUCAAAGAUCUCUUUAGUGAAAUGGGAUGAGAUGACGGCGAAGAAUGUUUACGAUCUGCAACGUGCUCUUGUAGGAUUGUACCCGUUAAAAACCAAGUUGGAUGGUAUGACUAUAAAAUUGUUGGAUGUCCGGCAGACGUCGAAACCGGGAGAUGGAAGAGAUGCGGAUGUACCAGGUUUCGCGAGAUUUGAUCGGAAAAGCAGUGUAUUAGUUGUAACAUGUAAAGGGCCAAGUUGGAUCUCGGUAAAGAAAGUAAUUGUGAAGGGUCACAUAGUUAUGACUGCGCUGGACUUUAGAAAUGGAUUUAUACGGGGCAGAAAGAAAGGUUGGAUAUUGUUUCAGAAUAAUGUUACAUAAUUUACAGCGCUGCUUCUGACUCCAACGCUGUUGUUCUUUUGUAAACCUAUGACAAUUUCAUUCGGAAACAGAUAAUAAACAUUAAAUUUUUAUUUAUACUA